ACGUAAUUAUUUGCGACAAGAAUAUUUUCAGCCGGGUUUGGCACACCACAGAACUUUGCAAGAACUUUGAUUUUGAGACGCUUUUAAAGAAACCGUGAACCGAAGAUGUAAAUUCAUUAAAAAAAAAAGUUGUGUAAUUAGUAUAAGCAGUAACGGCUGCAAGGAUGAUGGAUGACUUUUCUGACCUUACUCUGCCUCCACUGUUUGGUGGACACAUCUUGGAGGCAGAACUCGAAACAGAGGGAGUUGAGUUUGUAGACGCCGGCGGAGUUUCUGAAAAUCAAGUAGAUGAAUGGAAGGAGAAACAAAAACGGGAGACAGAUCGGCAAAAGUAUUUGAGUCUGAGCAGACGGUGUAGAGAAAUUGAGCAGGUGAAUGAGAGGAUUCUGCAUCGCCUUCAUCAAGUUCAGAAGUUAACUAGGCAGUUGAAGAAGGAGAGACGGUUCCUCAUGAAAACACUAAAUGCCUAUGGAGAUGAUUAUAGAAGUGCCCAGCUAGCUAUCCCAUUGGAGGAAGAAGUGAGCUGUAUGACUGAUCCUUCUCACUGUAUGGAUGGAGAGUGCCUUGAUGAACCCAGUGCUUCAUCUCCUUCUGGUCUUCUACAAUCAACACCCAUCAUUAAAAGAAAACGACAUAGAGGCUUAAAAGACAGAGAGAGAGAUCUUUUAGAUGGUGAUGUUCCUAAUUUAUCAGAUUCUGCCUUCACUGGAUACUGUGGUGAGAGCCCAGCAACAGAUUUUACUUAAGUUGACCACACCGUUUGAGAGGUUUCCAGAAGUGAUUUGAUUAUGUUCUCUCCUGAGGAGAGUGGACGCUUACUUUUCUCUAUUUUUGAUGACCAUCUCUUGUUUUUGGUAUUUGUGUUAUUUAUAUACUUUUUAAUGAGCAAACUUAUUUCUUAUGUGUUUUUUUUAUUGUAAUAUUUAAAUAUUUCUCAAAACAGAGUGAACAUAACUCUUCAUGAAAUCACCCGAAACUCUGCUUUUCUGAAGAUCAUUGCAUUGCAUGGUUUCCUUUCUGUUCCAUGCAUCUUUUUCAUUCCCUGUCAUUGAGUCAUAUUAUGUAUUGUAAAAGAAUUCUAAAAUAGGGUUUAAAAAAGUGUCUAUCCAGUAACAUUUCAUAUAAUAAAGUUUUUCUUCAUUAACUGUGAAUGUU